AUGUACGAGGUAGAGAUGUAUUCAAUAGAGGAUAACUUACUAUGCAUUCAGGGACAUCCUGAGUAUAACCGUGACAUCUUGUUCGAUAUCAUCGAUCGUGUUCUUGCCGGAGGCUACAUUAAGCAAGACUUUGCGGAAACGUCGAAGGCGACAAUGGAGAAGAAUGAAGCAGACAGAAAAAUUUGGCAGAAAAUUUGCAAGAACUUCCUCAAAGGAAAUCCUUGA